AAUAAAUGCAUCUGCUGAUGACCUAUCCAGGAUGUAUAUUUAAUUAGAAUAUAAUAUAUAAUAACAUGAAACUGUAAGGCUACUUUGUUUGUACUUAUUAUAUUGCUUGGUACAAAGUGAACAAUGAUGUGUCUUGGUAGCUCUGUCCAUGGUGCUGAAAGGCAGCUGAGGAGAAAAAAAAAGUCAUCUUGUACUAAGCUUCUUAUACUAGUUGUAUUACAUUCAUAAGCAUGGUUACUUGUACUAUGCAUCCAUCACUCAGUUGUAUUGAUUGUGUAAAUAUUUGUAUAAAUAAAACAUCCCAAAGACAAAACAGAAAAGUUGUCUUUGUAUGGCCUGCGGUUUUUUUAAAUGAAUAUUUCCACAUUAAAAAGCGCAUAGUGUGUGAAGGAACAUUUGUUGUCUUAAUGAUUUUGCUGUAGCUGGAACAAUUUCACAUUUCAGCCUCUAAGGGACGCUAUUGCAUCGAAAAUGAAUGUGAUAGUUACAAGUGAUGCAGUGCAGCUCCCUUCUCUGUCACUGCCAUUUAUAGAAGAGAGCUCGUAUGAACAACAUUUACCAACUGACCUAAAUAACAUCGUCACUGAUCAAUGCUUCUGGCUGAAAAUAGCCAAGUAUUUAUUGUUUAGGUAGUUUUAUUAUUAUUUUUUUCUUUUUCUCAUGGAGUCUAAAGAGGAUAAUUGCAGUGGAGAAAGAAGAUGGCGUUGUUUUUGGCGACGGGCGGCCUGCCUCUUUGUCUUUUUGUCUUGUAUUCUAAACGGAACGGAGGCACAGAUCCGCUAUUCAAUCCCAGAGGAGAUGAAAAAAGGCUCACUUGUCGGAAAUGUGGCCCAAGAUCUCGGUUUGGAUGUAAAAAGACUCCGUUCUGGGCGUGCCCGCAUCGUGACGGGGGAGAACGUCCAGUACACGGAGCUGAGGACGGACAAAGGGCUUCUGGUCGUCCAUGAGAGGAUAGAUCGAGAGCAGCUUUGUGGAGACGUGACGCCGUGCAGCUUCACCUUUGAGAUUUUACUGGAAAACCCCAUGGAAUUGCACCCUGUGACCAUCGAAGUGUUGGACGUCAAUGACAACGCCCCCACUUUUGAAAAUAAUUAUUUGCAAUUUGAAAUAAGCGAGUCUGCUGCUCUUGGCUCCCGUUUUGUUUUGGAAAGUGCACAUGAUGCUGAUGUGGGCGAAAACGGUCUGCAGAGCUACAUUUUAACUCCGAGUGAUCAUUUUGUUUUAAAGGAACACGUCAGUCCUGGAGGUAGUAAAUAUGCAGAAAUGGUGCUGCAGAAAGGAUUAGACAGAGAAGAACAACCCCGACUCUCUUUAAAAUUAGUGGCUGUGGAUGGUGGGAAUCCACAGAAAUCAGGUACAGUAAAUAUUAAUAUUAUCAUUCAAGAUGCAAAUGAUAAUGUUCCUGUGUUUAAUCAAACAAUUUAUAAAGCUAAAGUGAUUGAAAAUGCAGUAAAAGGCACUCACGUUCUAACUGUGAAUGCAACUGACCCGGAUAGUGGAUCAAAUGCAAAAAUCACAUACUCUUUUUCAAAAUCAAAAGCAGGAAUAGCAGAUUUAUUUCACAUUGACCAAGAAACAGGAUGUAUAACUGUAGCAAAACAAAUAAAUUAUGAAAAAGAGAAAACAAUAGAGUUCAUGGUUGAAGCUAAAGAUCAAGGUGGACUGGCUGACUCUGCUAAAGUGGAAAUAGAAGUAACAGAUUUAAAUGAUAAUGUUCCAGUCAUAAAUGUGAUGUCCUUCACUAGUCCUGUGUCAGAAGACUCCCCAGCUGGUACCACUAUUGGUAUCAUUAAUGUUAAAGACCUAGAUUCUGGAGAAAAUGGUCACGUCAGGUGUGCCAUUGAGGGCCGCGUUCCAUUUAGAAUUAAAUCCAAUGUGAGAAAUUAUUUUGCAUUAUUGACUGAUGCUGACUUAGAUCGUGAAAGUGUGCCAGAAUACAACAUCACUGUUGUUGCAUCAGAUUCUGGCUCACCUCCUCUCUCUAGUAAAACUACUUUUAAUUUGAAGGUUUCAGACGUGAAUGACAAUGCUCCUGUGUUCCCGGUCAGCUUGUAUACUGCAAGUGUUGCAGAAAAUAACCAUCCAGGUGUUUCUGUGCUAAAAGUUAGUGCUAAAGACCCUGAUGAAAACCAGAACGCUCGUGUUUCUUACAUGUUGGAGGAGCGUGAAAUCGGAGGAACUCCAGUUGCUGAAUUUGUGUCCGUUAAUGCAGAAAGUGGAGUCAUUAGUGCAGUUCGCUCAUUCGACUAUGAACAAAUUAAAGAACUAGUGUUUAUUGUCAAAGCUCAGGAUGGAGGCUCCCCUCCUCUCAGCAGCAACGUGAGCGUCCGCAUCCUGAUCCAGGACCAGAACGACAACGCCCCCCAGGUCCUGUACCCGGUCCAGACGGGCGGCUCGGUGUUGGCUGAAAUGGUGCCUCGUUCAGCAGAUGUGGGCUAUCUGGUGACUAAAGUGGUGGCUGUGGAUGUGGACUCUGGACAGAACGCCUGGCUCUCCUAUAAAGUGCAGAAAGCCACAGACAGGGCGCUGUUUGAAGUGGGCCUACACAAUGGAGAAAUAAGAACUGUCCGCCAAGUCACUGAUAAAGAUGGCGUCAAACAAAGACUGAGUGUUCUAGUGGAGGACAACGGGCAGCCCUCUCGUUCAGCUACAGUCAUUGUUAACGUGGCGGUGGCGGACAGCUUCCCUGAAGUGCUGUCAGAGUUCACUGACUUUAGCAUGCACGACAAGGAGUACAAUGACAAGCUGACUUUUUACUUAGUCUUGGCUUUGGCUGUGGUCUCCUUCCUCUUCAUCACCUGCUUGCUGCUCAUCAUAUCAGUCAAAGUGUACAGGUGGAGACAGUCUCGCGUCCUGUACCACUCCAACCUCCCUGUCAUUCCAUAUUAUCCACCACGCUACUCAGACACUUUGGGGACAGGGACUCUCCAACACGUGUACAAUUACGAGGUGUGCAGGACCAGCGACUCCAGAAAAAGUGACAUGAAGAAUAUGCAAGCCAUGAGUCAAAGUUUAGUGAGUGUGGAUGGAGCUGAUGCUGAUACACCACAUGUGACCAAGCAGAUGGCAGGAAACUUUUCACAGAUGUCAACUUUGGUGAGUCAAGAUUUCAACAUUAUUUCUUUGUUUUUGUAUCUGAUAGUUUUGCAAGUUCUAAAGUAAACGUAUACUUACUCACUGUAGUUGUACAUGAUGUUUUACCUCCAACUAAUCAUAUUAUAAUUUAACAUUUUACAAUAUUGGUUAUUUUUGAAUAGAUACAUUUGGAACAUAUAAGUCACUUUUCAUGUAGCUUUUAUUUUAACAUAGUGAAAUCUAAUAUUUUCUAAUAUUGAAAAUCCUGCAAUUAAUAAUGCUGUCUGGUAGGUCAGAUAUGGAUUUAUAUUUAGUUUGUUUAAAAGGUACAAUACAUAUCCGGCAACAAGCGGCAUGUAAAUAUGUGAGAUUACAGCCACUGACUAUAAUUUCAUUUUACAUCUCACGUCCCUCAGCAACACAUUCAUAACAAAGUACACACAUUAACAAUAUUGAAAUGUAACAUUCAAGGUUGUGAUAAAAUACAUAUUUCACAAUGUACACCUUUGCACUUCUAUAUACUAUUUAAACUAUGAUUACAAUUUUGACUCUCAAGCAGCCUUUUUUCAAGUCCUGGUUAAAUGAUGCUUUUGUCACUAUUUGCCUGAUAUGUUCAGAUUGUGUGUUCAGUGUUUGACAUGCUCAUUAAGAAAAAGAUAGUUGUCCAGUCUCACUUUUUUGGAACGGCACCAAACAGUCGACUAUGGAGCCCUGCUUGGUUGUGUUGUUAGCAUUUCUAUACUUACAAAGUUUGUGAGGAGGUGUUCUGGGGUCAUUAAAAGAAUAUACGAUAACUGAAUCAGCACACUUUAGAAUAGAAUAGAGUUUUAUUGUCAUUAUUACAGUGAACAGGUUUAAAGAACAACAAAAUUGGAGCAGAUCCCUAAGGUGCAUACACAACAAUAUAGUAACAUAAAUAGUAAAAAAGAUGUAUAUAUCCACACACGUGCAUAUAUCCAUACAUAUAUACACAUAUAUACACAUUUACUCAUAUAUACAUAGACAUAUAUACACACAUAUAUACAUAUAUUUAAAUAUACAUACAUGUACAUACACAAAUACAUAUGUAUAUACACACA